AUGUUCUCUCACCGCGGCCUCUCGCCAGACCAGAUCAUGGAAGAUCUGUUCCGACAAGUCUCGGACCAUGCACCCAUCGAACAUCUCCGCUCUGGUGUUCAACCAAACGCGCAAACCAUCGCGGUGCUGGAAGAUAUCAAGGACGAGCUUGAAGAACUUCAUGAUAGGGCCCUUGCCACAUAUCGUGGCCGCGAUGCGAGCAGGCGCAUCAAGAACGCAUUAUAUCUCUGCCACGCCGCCCUCGCCCCCAUCCGCCGCCUCCCUCGCGAGCUGCUAAUUGUGAUCUUCGAGAUGGCGCUUCCGCAGCGCUGGGAGUUCGCCGCCGCCUCGCUGGUGCCCGAGUUUGUCAACGUCUGCCACGUCUGGCGCGAAGUGGCAAUUGGCUACCCGCAUCUCUGGACGGCCUUCACUGUCCAUCAGGGCACCCACGAGGACGCUUUGGCCAAUCGUCUGGGCUGGACGGCAGGCCAGCCGCUCAGCGUCUGCAUUCUGGACUGGUACUUCUACAACGACAAGAGCGGACGCAUACAUCCAGACAAGAAUCCCGGCAGCUGGAGCGAGGAAACGCUGCGCCUGAUAUUCGCCGAGUCGUAUCGCUGGCGCAAGCUGGAUAUCGACCUCCAAUGCAUCAUGAAUGCGCUUGAUCCCUACUGGCCGGAGACGUUCCCCAUGCUCACGGACCUGAACCUGCAGGUCAAUAACAACCUUGCGGAGGCUGUCGAGUUCUUUGGCGAGAUCGCUCCGAACGUGACCAAGCUCGAAUCGUGCUGCGAAGAACUGAACCCCAACAACCCCAUCAAGAUCCCCGCGGCAUGGAAACUUACCUACCUCGAGCUGCACCCGGUGGCCAGUGCGGAGCAGUACUUGGCCGACCUCAUGCAGACCAUCGCGCAAUGCGCGGAUACCCUGGAGUACCUGGAGGUGUACACCCACGACGUCGGCGACGUGGUAGGGACAUACCACACCAUCACCUUCCCCAAGCUCCGCAAGCUCAAGCUCUGGCUGGACGCGUGCCAUUUGUGCCGCUACGUCGUCGCCCCGCAGAUUGAGAGCAUCAUCCUCAAGCGGGACAACUACGGUAUGUCGGGGGUGAACAAGCCCGAGCUGACCUCCUUGCAUGAGCUCCUCCGCCGUUCGGCGGGCUCGGAUGGCGCGUGCUCCCUCAAGCACCUCGAUCUUCUCAACUUGUACCCGGUCAAGCCGCAGGUCGUUCUAGACUGCCUCAAUCUCGUUCCACAGCUUACCAGCCUCAGCAUACGCGACACGAGCGGAUACUGCGAAACGGAGUACCAAAAGGAAGGACAUAAACUCAUCAUCUCGCCGGAGUUCUUACAAGCGAUGACGCGCUCUUGGGACACAAGCGACUCGCGGAAUCGGCUACUGCCCAAGCUUUCGACGUUGCGCCUGAUCUACGGGUACAAGACCGAGGAGAUGCAGCUGCCGGCGCUCGGAAUGUUGAUGUCGAGGAAGACUAUCUUCGAUUCUAACAAUACCGUGCCGUUGGUCGACUGCAAGGUGACAUAUGAAAGGGAUGAAUGGUAUGGUACUCGAGGACAUAGUAUGUAA